UUUAUUAAUUUGAUGUUUUUGUUUUGCAGGUUCGCCAUCAUUAAUUUUCGCUGUAUCAACGAUUAAUCAUGAUAAACCUGACGCAGUACAAUUAACCAUGAAAUUCGAAAUGACCGAACCAACGGCGCUCAACGUGACGCUCAACCCAUCGGAGAGACAAAAACGGCUGUUGCCCUACGAGAAUUAUUACGUAAGCCCUAGACAACAGAUGAAAGAGGAACAAAGAUACCCUUAUAACAACAUGCAGUACAACAAAUAUCCAACGGAACCAGAUCAAAACACCCUCUAUCAGCAAACCAAGUUCACUCCAUUUUCGGAAAACAAUGCGAUUCCAGGUCCUUUCAGGCCCAUGGUAGGGUCGGGUCAGCCUAAAAUCGAAGUCCAAUUCGUCCAGUUACCGCAAGAGUUAAACAAAGUGCCAGAUUACAGCGCCAUAUACGACAAACUGUCGCAAAUCAAGCUAGUGCAGCGUAGACCGACGUAUGUGCAACAAUACCGGCCACUCACCUCUCAAAGGUACAUCCAACGUCCCAAGAAGAUACAUCACAUUAAUGUCGUUCCUAUUGAGAGCGGCUACAGACCUCGACCGAUUCAACCGACCAAGACAUUGGUGGAGACCUACACCGCAACAAAUAUCGAUAUUCCUACUCCGGAACACCAUUAUACGUCUCAAGAACAACAUCAACAACAAUAUGAACAAAUACCCAACCCAGCUCCGAUUCGUGUGAAAUACCAACAGCCACAAAGGAAGCCUUACGUCCAACAACAAGAUGUUUAUAAUCAUGACGGAGAACAGUUAGUUUUCGUACAACAAAAUCCACAAAUAAUCAAGGAGCAACCACCAGGGUAUCUUUAUCCAGAAGAAAAUAUAGAUAAUCAACCAAUCACCAAGCCGGUUAUCUACGUAAGCAGAAAACCCAACUACCGACCCAAAAUUGUUAUACUACCUGAACAGACUCAUCAAUACGAAAACCCCAGUCAAAAGUACGCCCCCUAUAUAAAAUACCUCCAAAGCCCUAAAUAUGAGCAGAUAUCUCCACCACAGAAAUACCAAUAUUAUCAACAGGCACCGCAGAAAUAUCAAGAAGUACCUCCGAAAUAUGAACAGGAACCACAAAAAUAUCAAAAAGAACCUCUGAAAUACGAACAGGAACCACAAAAAUAUCAAGAACAGGAACCAGUAACCAAAUACGAGCCUGUACAGGAAGAAGAAGGGUACAUAGUACCUCCCCAAAUGCAUUACGAACAAUUUCCUCCGCCUCCACCACAAAAAUACCAGGAAUACGUCCCCAUAACUCAAGCACCACAAAUAACCACAGAAAACUCAAACGACCUCACUCUAAUACUGAAAGAACUGCAGCGAAGCAACACUCUUCCAAAAUCUAUCACGCCGGAGAACAUCGACAACAGCAUUAACACCUUGGUGAGGAUUCUUGGCAGCUUGAGGAAGCAGCAAAAGGUGACGCCAAAACCAAUCGUCGUGCCCGACGAAGAGUACGCGAACAGCCAGGAAGAACACGACGACGGAUCCAUCACGACCAGUUAUCCGGGCGACACUCCCGACGGCGGAACUCCGGGCAAAGCCGGAGUCGACUACCCAGCUCUAUCUUCCAUCCCUCAAACAAGUUUCAACUGCAAGACGCAACGCUACAAGGGCUUCUUUGGGGACCCCGACACAAAUUGCCAGGUUUGGCACUAUUGUGACCUUAAUGGAGGACAAGCCUCGUUCCUGUGUCCUAAUGGCACUAUCUUCAGUCAGGUAGCGCUUACGUGUGACUGGUGGUACAACGUGAAAUGUGCGACGACAGCUCAACUUUACGUUUUGAACGAAAGACUUUACAAGUACAUCAUCCCUCUUACACCCAAAUUUCCAGAAGAUUACAGUGGACCGCUAGUAGACAAGUAUUUGGCGAUUAAGUUCCAAGAAAUGGAGGACAAAAUGAAGAAGGAAAAGAAAGGCAAACAACAGGAAGAAGAUACAGAAAACGAAUCAGAAGAAUUACAAAAUAUCGAAGAAGAAAAUGAGGAAGCCACAACAACGACAAGUGUUUCAACAAAUUCCAAUCAAGAAAAGAAUACUUUACAAUCAGUUGAAUCGGGGGCAAAAUAAAAAUAAAUAAUUUAUUUUAGUUUGUCACGCUUUAUUAUAAUAAAAUAUAGACAUAUUAUUUUAAUAUCAAAUGCAAUAGUCAGAAAAUAUUUUAAUUAAAUAAAAAGUCAAGUCUUGACUUAAGACCUAAAGUAAGAACAAUUUGUACAGUCAAUCUGUCGGGAAAAAGGCUGUUUUCGGAAAAAAUUGACCAUAGUCAUUUUUUGCUUGAAUUGUUUGGGGUUCAUAAGAAAAGCUUAAGCCCAACUUUGCUGCAUCCCAUUUUUUUUCUCUAAAACGGUUUGUAAUUAAAAUUUUUCAACAAAAAACGUAGGGGUCAUUCUCCCCUAGAAUGUAUGUUAUUUGGAUAAUGCUCUAGGGCAAAAUUAGGUGGCCCUUUUUGACGCAGCUUUGUAGAUAAACAACUACGUUAAAAAAAUUAAAAAAGCUCAGCACAAAAAUACUCACUUCUUAGUUUAACGACAUAAAUAAUUAUUUAACCUUAAACCGCGGGAGUGGGUGUAAAAUUUAAGCUUUUUUUUAAAGAUUCAUGAAAAAAAUGACUACAGAUUAACUGUACUAAAUCAUAAAAUGCCAUUCUCUUUAUCAAAGGAACUGAUAGAUAAUAAUGGUAUUAAAAUAAGCUCUAUUUUCUAGUCAUUAUGUAUUAUGUAUUAUUAUUAUUACUAUUUUG